ACAAUGUUCCAGCGGUUGUUACAGACUGUCAGCUAAUAUCAUGUGCCUGUGCACCAUACAUAGAGUAAAUAGCUCAAAGUGAACAUCUAACAAGAUUUGAACUGAAAAUUGCAGGCUGUUCUUGAAGGCAUAGAUUUAUCUAGGGGUAACAUAGCCGUACUACCUUUGUACAGAAACCAAAAUACCCCCACCAGUAUAUUUUUUUUUGCUUGUGAUUACAAGGCUGACCAUUUUGGUGGAGGCAAAAUUAUGAACUUAUAAGGAGCAAAGAUGUCUUUAAAAUACACAGAUACCUACGAUUUUAUAGCAUUAGGUUGUUAAUUUUUGUAGUAAAAUAACGACAGUAAUGGAAAGAACCAUUAACCUCAUGUAGAUUAUACAAUAAAUCUAUGUAAUAUCUAAAUGACCACUGGAUGACAAUGUUUUCUUUUUGUGUAACUAUACUGCAAUUGUAGUUGUAUUAAAUUGCUAAUUGUGGAGAUGAUAAAUUGUAAUAUUAUUACAAAGUGGACACUGAGUGUAUGUCCCCAUAGGUGAACAUUUCAAUAGGAAUCCCUGUGACUAAUUUGCUGAAAUAAGAUAAUAAAAGUAUCAGAAUGAUUUGAUGACAUCCGCCUCAGUCGAUCAGUGCGAGGAGAGCUAAAGCCAUGACCACUAGACUCCUGUGGAGGGCCCUGUGCCUGUUGGCCCUGCUCUGCACCAUCUCACACUUCAGCUCUGCCGACAACCACCCAGACCCCUCAGCCCCAGAGCAGGGAGUCACCUUCAGCCACGUCUAUAAAAUCGACAUCCCAGGGAGCUCCAGCUGUAAACUAGAACACCUGCCAACCCAGGACAAAACAGGUCUGCAGACAGAGACCACUACCAAUGGAGAGAAUGACAUCAUCUUCAGACACAACAUCAGGCUGCAGACGCCCAAGUGUGACUGUGAGGAUUCUGAAAGUUUCAAGUCUUUGUUGUACAGAGUCAAUGGGCUGGAAGAAGAAGUCAACUACCUAAAGACCCAGUGUUCUCAGGGCUGUUGUGGAAGAGGUGGUGCUGCAGGUGUGGACACAAGCUGUAGCGGCCAUGGUACUUACCAGCACGACACCUGUAGCUGCCUCUGUGACCCAGGGUGGGAAGGCCCAGACUGCUCGGUGUCCACAUGCCCGGAUGACUGCAACGACAACGGACGAUGCGUGGAUGGGAAGUGCGUGUGCCACCAGGGCUACACGGGAGACGACUGUAGCCAGCUGAUGUGUCCAGACAACUGCAACGACAAGGGACAAUGUGUGGAUGGGAAGUGCGUGUGUUUCCCACACUUCACCGGCGAGGACUGCAGCGUCCAGAAGUGUCCAAACGACUGCAUCGGUAACGGCCAGUGUGUGGACGGCCAGUGUAUCUGUGAUGAAGGCUUUUACGGGGAGGACUGUUCAUUAGUCUUUGGCCCUCAGGGCCUGCGGUUAGUCCAGGUGACUGACGUCUCUCUCCUGGUUGAGUGGGAGUUCGUUCGUGGGGCAGAGUAUUACAUUUUGACAUAUCAUCCCAGAGGUGAUGAGAGUGCCCUGGAGCAGGUUCGGAUUCCUAACACAGAGAACUCCUACCUCAUCACAGGACUGACUCCUGGGGUCACCUACAUUGUCCAGGUGUAUGCAGUCAUCAAAGAAAUCCAAAGUGAAGCAGACAAAAUCGAAGCUACCACAGACGUCUCGGCGAUAGAUGAUAUCCAAGUUCUUGGCCAGACAGAAGUCACUAUCGAUGUGGACUGGAAGAAUCCAGCAGCUGAAGUGGAUCACUUCAGACUUACACACACUGACCCAGAGGGGCAGGAGGAGGAGAUGAACGUGCAGAUGAGCCAGGAGGCACGCACCAAACACACUAUUGUUGGUCUGUAUCCAGGAACAGAGUACCUGAUCUCGGUGCAGGCCAUCAAAGGAACAGUGGAGGGCAAACAGGCUUCUGUCACUGGUGCCACAGACAUUGAUGCCCCAACAAACCUGGUCGCCACUGAGGUGACAGAGGACACUGCGACGGUGUCAUGGGAUCGAGUCCAGGCAGAAAUACAGGGCUACAUGCUUAGCUACACCUCUGCUGAGGGCUCCAGCUCAGAGAUCCCCGUAGGCCGUGACAGCACCUCAUACAGACUGGUUGGCUUGAGGCCUGGAGUUCUUCACACGGUCUACAUCUGGGCCUACAAGGGAGACAAAGUCAGCAGAAAGAGUUCAACAGAAGCUGAAACAGAGCUGGAUGCCCCUAGUAACAUCUUGGCCCAUGAUGAGACAGAGUCCAGCUUCAAGGUGUCCUGGGAUCACACUCAGGCAGAAAUUGAUGGCUACAUCCUAACCUACAGCUCUUCUGAGGGCUCAAGUGAGGAAAUCCCAGUUGGAUCUGACCGUACUUCUUAUCUGCUGACUGGCCUGAGGCCAGGCGUCCUCUACACUGUGUAUAUUUGGGCCGUCAAGGGGAUCAAAGCCAGCAGGAAGAUCUCCACACAAGCAGAGACAGAACUGGAUGCUCCUGCUAAUCUCUUAGCCCAAGAUGAGACAGAGUCCAGCUUCAUUGUGUCAUGGGAUCCAGUCCUGGCAGAAAUUGAUGGCUACAGACUCACCUACAGCUCUUCUGAGGGCUCUAGUGGGGAAAUCCCAGUAGGGCCUGACAGCACCUCUUAUAGUCUGACUGGCCUGAGGCCAGGGGUCCUCUACACUGUGUACAUCUGGGCCAUCAAGGGGAACAAAGCCAGCAAGAAGAUCUCAACACAAGCAGAGACAGAAUUGGAUGCUCCUGCUAACCUCUUAGCUCGAGAUGAAACAGAGUCCAGCUUCAGCGUGUCAUGGGACCCAGUCCAGGCAGAAAUUGAUGGCUACAUCCUAACCUACAGUUCUUCUGAGGGCUCUAGUGAGGAAAUCCCAGUCAGGUCUGACAGCACGUCUUACAGUCUGAAUGGCCUGAGGCCAGGCGUCCUCUACACUGUGUACAUCUGGGCCGUCAAGGGGAACAAAGCCAGCAAGAAGAUCUCAACAAAAGCUGAGACAGAACUGGAUGCUCCUGCUAAUCUAUUUGCCCAAGAUGAGACAGAGUCCAGCUUCAUUGUGUCAUGGGAUCCAGUCCUGGCAGAAAUUGAUGGCUACAGACUCACCUACAGCUCCUCUGAGGGCUCUAGUGGGGAAAUCCCAGUAGGGCCUGACAGCACCUCUUACAGUCUGACUGGCCUGAGGCCAGGGGUCCUCUACACUGUGUACAUCUGGGCCAUCAAGGGGAACAAAGCCAGCAAGAAGAUCUCAACACAAGCAGAGACAGAUAUUGAUGCCCCCAAGGACCUGAAGGCUACAGAUGUGAAAAUGGAGUCGGCAUCUUUGACCUGGAUUCCUCCUCUGGCUGACAUCGAUGGGUACAUCCUCACCUACAGAGAUGAGGAAGGCAACAUGGAGACUGUUGAAAAGCAGCUUGGAGCCAGUGAGAGCAGUUUUGCUGUAUCUGGACUGGAAACGGGGAAGAAAUACAUCGUCACCAUCAUUGCCUACAGGGGCAACAAGAGGAGCAAGGUGGUUGAGACCAUCUUUAAAACAGUUGGCCUCCUGUACCCCUUCCCUAUGGACUGCAUUCAGAUCUUGAAGAAUGGCAAUAAGAAGAGUGGUAUCUACACCAUCUAUAUUAACAAUGACCGCUCCAAACCAAUUGAGGUCUACUGCGACAUGGACACUGAUGGAGGCGGCUGGCUGAUGCUCCAGCGUCGUACCACUGGCAAACUGGACUUCAUGAAACGCUGGAGGCAGUACAUAGCAGGUUUUGGCGACAUGAACGACGAGUUCUGGAUUGGUCUGGAUAAGAUAUAUGAGCUCACCAACACUCCAACGCAAUACGAGUUGCGGUUUGACUUGGGCCUGGGCUCAGAGAGGGCCUACGCUGUAUAUGACAAUUUUAAGAUCGCUCCCGUCAAACAGAAGUUCAAACUCACCAUUGGCAAAUAUCGUGGGACAGCAGGUGAUGCUAUGACCUACCACCAAGGCCGACCCUGGACUACUAUUGAUUCAGAUAAUGACAUCGCCCUGGGUAACUGUGCCCUGACCCACCGUGGUGCCUGGUGGUACAAAAACUGUCACCUGGCCAACCUGAACGGCAAAUGGGGAGACAAUAGACACAGUUUGGGAGUGAACUGGGAACCGUGGAAGGGCCACCUGAUGUCCCUCGACUUCACAGAGAUGAAGAUCCGACCCGUGGGAGCCUUGUCCAGCAGGAAGAGGCGAUCGUUGUUGGCCAGAGAGAAGAACAGAAACACAAACCUCCAGAAGAAAUAGACAGGCACCUCCUUCUAAAACCACAGCAGCUGCCAUCAGCCAUGUUAACCUGCCAUCACACUAGACUAGGAUAUGUCCUCUUAUUAAUGUGGCUUGGAUCACCUGCUUUGGUGUUGUGACCACACAGGAAGUCCCAUUGGUCUACAUGCCUCUGUGUGUCUCAACACUUGGACAAUAUGCACACUUUUUGGGGGUGGAGGGGUCAAAGAGAGAAAAGUUCAAAUGCAAUAGUAACUUAUUUGUCUACAGUCAGAUUCAUCAAAUAUCCCUUGGUUUAGUGUGAUUGUGGGAGAGCAGCAAAUACCAAACUGCCUUGGAGUUAUUUUGAAGUGAACUAAAGUUGAAUAUUAUGUGAGUUUAUCGGCUAAUAAUGUAUUUGUAAUUUUAAAAACUCCUGUUUCACUGAUUCUUGUAGAAACCUCAAUAAUAAGUCAGGAAACAGUAGAUUCAAGUAAAAUUAGAAAACCAAGAAAUCCUAUUUUUCUCCAAUUACUGCAUUCAUUUUAACUUUUUUUUGACCUCAGGGCAGCAGCCCAGGUUAUUUGUAUUAUAUUUGUUAAUUUCAUGUUUUAUGAAGAAUUUGAGUAGCAACUUUCCCUGUGUAUAGUAGUAUUGUCAUAAUAACAUAAAUGUUAAAAAAAAAAAAAGUGAAAAUGGUUUGUGUGUUUUGUCUUAGAUCAACAAUUAGCAAGUUAGUGCCCUGAGUUUAUUGAUUGUGAAGCUGGCUGGCUGUGACACAUUAAACUGCCACUGUGCCUCAAAAAACUGUCACAUCACAUUAGUUCGUGUAGAACAAGCCAGAGAAUAAUAGUGGAUGGCUGUCUGGAACCGCCAUACUGCUCCUGCUUUACAUUCAGAUGACUGGGACAAUGAAUAUCAAUCAAUGUGACGUGCCCAUAUCAAACAUCAAUGACAAUGAAGUUUGUUUGCCCCACCCUCACGAACUUAACGACCAAAGUCUUGUUUUCAAUCUGGAAAGCUGACAAAGGUUAUUAAUACUGCUAUGACUCUGGCUUUAUUACUUAAUUGCAUUUUUUUUACAGUUUCAUUACAAACUCUGUUGGUUUAUGUGACAAGAAUGGAGCACAUCAAUCAACCUGCUAAUCUGCCAGAACUGUUUUACAGUCCCUGCCCCUCAUAAAUUUUGCAUUGCCUACAUUUUUUUAAGCCUUCAUGGGCCAUAAGGUUUUAUUCCAUCCGCUCCUCAAAAAGUCUUUUCAAGGACAGAAAUGAAGACCCUCACUAAGGGAUUAAAAGCCUGUAUAUGACUUUUAUUAUUCUUUUUUUUUUUUUUUUUUUUUUACUAAUUAUUUUGUCAAACUGACAUUAUCACUGCUCAUUCAUAUUCAAGCCACACAUUCACACAAUAACUAAAUAAAUAAAUAAAGGUUUUGUUAUAUGAA